AGGAGGAAGAGGAAGAAGAUUAUUAUUUGAUUCAUCAUCGCGCAGAAGACUGCCACGAACAUUUUCGGAUCGAAAUUUCUGUGGCUGGGGCGACACAGGAAACUCUCGAAAGGCUUUCGCUCGCUGUAAAUUGUAUCGCGUCCGCAGAACGGCAAGUGUCCCGAACGGUGUCCCGAAAAUCCUCGUCGUCCAACUCUCUCGUCUUUGUCCUUCAUCGUUGCGCCGUUCCAAGUAGAGUAGACUUUGCGUGUCCCAAUCCGUGAUUACGCCUCGCCAGUGGACCCGACACCCUGUCGCCCGUUUCCAGAUUCGCCAACUACCAAGAGUGCGUGCGAAAGUGAAAAGAGGAUUUCGUUUUGCGAGUACCGAGGAAGCAGCGAGAAAGUGGUCUCCUCCGCCGAGCAUUUCCCAAAACUCGUUUCCCUGGUCCCUGCUUUGUGCGUGAAUUCGCCCGCGUGUGUAUGUGUGCGCUUGUGCUGGCGUGAGUAGUAGCUGAUCAUCGGGGACGGAGUACGUUCCAGCUUUCCUGAUAAGCCAGGGCCGGCAGGGCAGAGCAGGGCAGAGCGUGGAACAGGAUCUUCCUAGCACGGAGGCGUGUGUGAAUAGCCGAGCGAAAUCCCUUCCAGAACGUGUCAUCCCCGGGCAUCAUGAGUCUGUUUGGCACAUCUUCUUCACUCAAUCCGGAUAUAGAGAAAGCAACGAGCGAGAAUAACACGACGGAAAAAUGGGGCCUCAUAAUGGACAUUUGCGACAAGGUGAACAAUGGAAUGGCCACACCAAAGGAGUGUUUAAGAUCGAUAAUCAAGCGACUGAAUCACGCCAAUCCUCAUGUCGUCAUGAAAGCGAUAACGCUGCUUGAUGCAUGCGUUAAUAAUUGUGGCAAGCAAUUUCACCUCGAGGUAGCAUCGCGGGAGUUUGAGACGGAGUUCAAGAAGCUGCUGCAGAAAAGUCAACCAAAAGUGACGACGAAAUUAAAACUUUCACUUAAACGCUGGGCGGAGGAAACAUUCAAAUCGGACCCCCAGCUCGACCUCAUCCCAUCGCUGUACAAGAAGCUGCGCGAAGAAGGGCACGAUUUUAGCGAUCCAUCGGCGACACCUAAGCGUGAACCGGUCAUGAGCAAGGACCCGAACGUGGUCUCUAGUCAGCAGGAGGAGGAUGACAUCGCGAAAGCGAUUGAACUAUCACUGAAGGAAGCCAAAAUCAGUCAAUCGCCCAAGAUGUCAUCGGGCACCGGUUCGGGAACGACGACGACAUCACUGUAUCCUUCGACGUUGCUGUCGGCGGCACCCGUGCCUGAACCACGAAAGGUGCGUGCGCUGUACGACUUCGAGGCAGCGGAGGACAACGAGUUGACGUUCCAGGCCGGCGAAAUCAUAAUGGUGCUCGACGAUUCCGAUCCGAACUGGUGGAAGGGUCAAAAUCAGCGCGGUGAAGGUCUGUUUCCAUCCAACUUCGUUACGGCCGAUUUGUCGGUUGAGCCGGAAUCGCUUUCCGCCGGUAGCAAGGGCGCAACAAAGAAGACGGUUCAAUUUUCCGACGAUCCGAAGCUCGCGGACGGUGGCACUAGCGAUAAGGAUUCUCCGGCACACCAGAAGCUGCAAGCGGUAGAGAUCAACGAGGAAAAGAUCGAUCGAUUGUUGCACCUAAUACACGAAGCCGAUCCGGAGGAUCCGUCCCAGGAUACGGAGGAAAUGCUACAGCUGGAAGCGCUGGUCAACCAGAUGGGACCACUGAUUGAUGCCGAACUGGAGCGUGUUGAUCGCAAGCAUGCUCAGCUGACGCAGCUCAGUAGCGAUCUGGUGGAUGCCAUUAAUUUGUACCACAAUCUGAUGCGCGAACCCGACCGAUCGAUGAUGAUGUCCAUGGGAGCAGGUGGAGCAGGUGCAGCAGCAGCAGCAGCAGCAUACGGUAUGGGUCCCGGUGGUCCAGGCCCUUCGGCUUAUCCCGGUGCACCAAUGGCGCCCAUGUAUGGAAUUCCUGGAAUGUAUGCUCCACCGGGUGCCGGUAUGUACCCAAUGCCUGUUCCCGGAACACAGCAGCACCUGCCAAUGGGCCCUUACGGUAUGGGUCCAAUGCGGCACGAUAUGAUGGUGGGAGGACCUGCGAUGGGCGCUGCGACCGCUUCAGGCAUGCCACAGUUUCCUGCACCACCACAGCAAUCAUCGUUACCGCACCAUCCGCAUCAUGCGGGACCGGGACCGGUUUCACAGAAUGGUCCCACAUCAAUGGCAGCACCCGGUGUCACAAGUCAGGUCACAACAUCACAGCAAGUGGCCAACCCGCAAUCGAUGCCAAAUAUGAACGUUCCUCCGAUGACCCAACCACAAUCCCUUCCACCACUCGGUUCCUAUGCGAACCCUACAUCGCCGCCUCCAACCACGGGAAUGAUGCAACCUCCACCGUCUCAGCUACGUCUCCCGGGCCCUGCACCCCCGGGUGCUUAUCAAAACUAUGGGCCUCAACCAACUACGCAACCGCAGCAGCAGCAGCAGCAGCA